AGAGAGAGAGGGCCAGUCCCUGCUGACAGUGAGAGAGAGAUUCAGGUAGCUGUGGUUAAGAUAGGGUCACAGGUUGUUAGUGUGAGAGAGAGAGAGAGAGAGGCUCCAACUUCACGUUCCUGCCCACAUUCCCCCCAGAAUCUCCCUCCUGCCUGCGUUCACAACAUGGAAAAGUCGAAAAACUUCCGGAUCGACGCCUUGCUCGCUGAGGAGCCUCCCCGGGCCAUGCCGAGCUCCUCUCCCCCGGUGCUGAGCCCCAGCUCGGUGCCUGAGAGUUCAGCGGGGAGUCCUGGCUCCUGUAUCCGCACCGAGACGCCUUCUCCCCGGGAAAAAGGGGCCGGUUUACCGCUGGCCAGUAGCAGCAGUAUCAUUCCCAAACCGGGUUUACUAAACCUGCAACCGCCGGGCCUUGGCUCCCUGUCCCACCCAGCUAUGUACGGCCACCCAGUGUACACUUAUCCGGGAUUGGGAGCCCAGCACCCGGCGCUGACCUACAGCGCCUUCCCUCAGUUACCGCAGCCGCAUCCCGAGCAACUGAAAGCGGCGGCGGCAGCAUCGUUUCAUUUAGACCAUUGGCUCCGGGCUCAAGCUGCUGGGAUGAUGAUACCGAGACUGCCUGACUAUAGCACUCAACCUCAGUCAGGACUGAUGGGGAAAUGCCGUCGGCCGCGGACUGCGUUCACCAGUCAACAGCUCCUGGAGUUGGAGAACCAGUUCAAGCUCAACAAAUACCUGUCCAGGCCAAAACGCUUUGAGGUGGCCACAUCCCUCAUGCUGACUGAAACCCAGGUAAAAAUUUGGUUCCAGAACCGAAGGAUGAAGUGGAAAAGGAGUCGGAAAGCCAAGGAGCAGGCAGCGCAGGAGGCGGAGAAGCAGCGAGCUGGAAAAUACUCAGACAAGGCGGCAGGGGGUGAGAGCAGGUCGGAGUCAGAGAGUGUGGAUUUCAACAGCCACAGCACAAAAUUCCUGCAGUGCAGCACAGAAUUAGGCUACACCUCCAACAGCUCCUGUUCGGAAGACGAAGUAUCUCGGAAGGAGGUACAAAUCGCGUCAACUUUGUGAACCGAGUUGGAUGCAAACUUCAUGCAACUUCCUAAACUUUGUUCUUUUUCCCUGGUCUCAAAGAAAAGUUGCACUCCUCUGCAACACUGGGCCUUAGUGCCUGCCCUGUUCGUCUCUGUCACUAUCUCUCUUUCCCUGUCUCCUGGUCCUGCAAACGUACUGAAAUUAGUUUUUAAUUUAGUAAACAGGAAGAGACCAAAGACUUCCAAGACUUCUUCAAACGCAAAGAAACUGAACAAACAAACAAAAUAUUGAAGAGGCAGCACCUGAUUUGCCAGGCACUUGAAGAUUAUAUUGUACUGAAACAGUUAAUUUAAUUUAUUUUUUAUUUUUGUCAUAUUUAAUGUGAAUUAUUCUUUAUAUUAUAUUUUGGAAAGAAAUCUCCGGUUCCAUGAAAGUUGCUCUUCUGAAGAUUUGAAGGGACAAAAACCAGGAGUGUUUAAAAAAUCAAAAAUGGGACACUUUGAAAUCGGUGGGGUAUCUUGAAAAGGGGGGAGAGAAAGGACAAUUUCAAAGACAUUGUCAUGUGUUUUUCUUAAUUUAUUCAAAUACUGUGAACUUUAAAUGUUAAUUGGCCCAGUACAUUUCUCUACUUCUGUUUUACAUUAUCCUGCAUCCAGAAAAAAAAAGUGCUGGCAGAUAUUAUAGAGUAUUAAACAUGUGUGUGUGUGUACUCUUGCAUGCAGGAGUGUACAGUGUGUAUGUGUGAGUGUGUGGAUCUGUGUGUCUCUUUUAGCAGCUGCACUAAGGGUAAGGGUAUCAGCAAUUUGGAGCUCUUAACAGUAAAUUAGAAGUCUCCUUUAUGAUUUGAACUGAACCAGCCACAUUCCCUCCGUGGAGUGGCAAAAAUACAGUGUUUGUCUGUCUGUCCGUCUGUUUCGGGGCUUCUUGCCUUUGUCUUUGGAUUCUUGUCUGUGAUGUCCUGAUCUUUGUACAAAGCAAAUGCUUGCCGCGCUUUAAAUGUGAAUAUUAAACAGUAUCAUGUUCUGUA